UAAAGUCGGAACGAGGACGUAAACACGGAUAACAGCUACAGUCUCAGAAUACACCGGCCAUGAUGGACCGGGAAGGUCAACAUGAAAAUCAGGACAGAGGAAAGGCUGAACUCGAGCUAAAAAUGAAACCGUAUGACGGCUUUAAUUAUCCGUAUGAAUUUACGGAUGAAGUUCCUGAUCAUCUACGUCACAUCCGGGACAUGGAACUGAGGGACGAUGAUAUUUUGAUCACGUCAUAUCCAAAAUCAGGUACACACUGGAUUUACGAAGUUGUAUACAUGUUAUUACACGACCACACAUCUUACUGUCGCAAACAAUACUGGCUGGAUGUAGAAAGUAUUGACGUCAUAAACAACGCCCCGUCACCAAGGAUACUUAUCACACAUAUACCGAUAGACCGGUUACCAUGGCAACUAAAUCAAGGUCGGGUCAAGGUCAUAUACAUGAGCAGGAACCCUAAGGAUGUUGUAGUUUCUCAUUUCUGUUUCGUCAAGAAGCUAGCCGGAACGGCGUUCGAUGGCGAGUUCAGUUAUUCCUACGUGAACAGGUUCCUUAAUGGGAACGUGCCCUACGAUUCCUGGUUCCGUAGCGUUUUAACCUGGGAACAAUUUCCAAAGACAAAACCGGAAGUACCAUUUUUAUGGAUAAAUUUUGAAGAUAUGAAAUCAAAUCUUCGUCGGGAAGUUGAGAAAGUUGCUAUUUUUCUCGGAAAGAAAGUUGACAGGGAUGUUUUGGAUAAGAUUGCAGAUAAAUGUUCGUUUACACAGACUGUAGAAGACAAGCGGAGGAACCCCGACCCACGGUUCAGAACCUUCGCCAGAGAUGGAUCUCAGAUAUUAUAUAGAAAAGGAGAAGUCGGGGACUGGAAGAACUGGUUCACAGUGGCAGAUAGUGAAAAAUUUGACAAAGUCUACAACGAAAGAAUGGCAGAAACACAGCUCACAUUUAAAUUUUCAUCGUGAUUAAUUGUUAUCAUAACUUCAAAAGACAUUUACAAUAUUAAUUUUAUAUAGAAAACCAAUCGCCGAGACUCAUUGUGUUAUAUAACAUAAACGGCUUUAUAUCGGAAGUAUUACUUUAUAAUAUACAUUAAGAUAAAAUUUUACAGCUAAACGUUCAAUAUCCACACAAUAUUUAUAUACUUUAAUAUUUGA